ACUAGGCAGCGCUAGGAGGACGGAAAUUGGUAUUUCCUGCCUGGUCACGCCUCCUCGUUUAUUGGUCUUUGUCUUCACCCAAACACAGCGGAGACUUGUCUGAACUUCCGCUCCCCAAGGCCAAGGGUAGACCCCGCCCCGUGGCGGUUUCGUAGCUGCGCGUGCGGCUGAGUUCCGGCAUGGAGCGAGGAGGGCUGGGCUGCACGGUUUGCGUGCUGACAGGGGCCUCCCGGGGCUUCGGGCGCGCGCUGGCCCCGCUGCUGGCGCAGCUGCUGGCACCCGGUUCGGUGCUGCUCCUAAGCGCACGCAGUGACUCGGCGCUGCGGCAGCUGGAGGAGGAACUGGGCGCGCAGCAGCCCGGCCUGCGAGUGGUGCGGGCCGCAGCCGAUCUGGGUACCGAGGCCGGCUUGCGGCAGGUGCUGUGCGCGGUGCGCGAGCUCCCCAAGCCCGAGGGGCUGCAGCGCCUGCUGCUCAUCAACAACGCAGGCAGUCUUGGAGACGUGUCCAAAGGCGUGUUGAACGUGAAUGACCCAGCUGAGGUGAACAACUACUGGGCCCUGAACCUGACCUCCAUGCUCUGCUUGACCUCGGGCACCCUGAAUGCCUUCCCGGAUAGCCCAGGCCUGAGCAAGACUGUGGUUAACAUCUCAUCUCUGUGUGCCCUGCAGCCCUUCAAGGGCUGGGGACUGUACUGCGCAGGGAAGGCUGCCCGAGACAUGCUGUGCCAGGUCUUGGCUGCUGAGGAGCCCAGCGUGAGGGUGCUGAGCUAUGCCCCAGGUCCCUUGGACACAGACAUGCAGCAGUUGGCUCGGGAAACCUCCAUGGACCCAGAGUUACGGAACAGACUGCAGAGGCUGAAGUCAGAGGGGGAGCUGGUGGAUUGUGGGACGUCAGCCCAGAAACUGCUGAAUUUGCUGCAAAAGGACACCUUCCAGUCUGGAGCCCACGUGGACUUCUAUGACAAUUAAGCCCCAUGUCCUGCCCCAAUGCCCCCCACACCAAUGCUGCCUAACACAAGCAUAAGCCCUCAGACAUAGCCAACAGGUUGUGGCUGGCAUUACCAGGCUUCUGUAGGGGCCUGAGAGAGAGUUGAUGGGUAUUGGAGUUCUCUGUCCCCAGGAAGAAAAUUUUAGAUCUGGGGACCGCCAAAAUGAAAACACUGGAGAGAUGA